AUGGGGCUGUACCUUUCUGAGAACAAGCCUGAGACUGCAGCUGUGCUGAAGCGCACUGUUGAGGCUCUUAUGGAGAGAGGAGCUGUGGUGAGGAACCUGGAAAACCUGGGAGAAAGGUCUCUACCUUACAAAAUCUCUAAGCACAAGGAGCGCCACAGAAGAGGAGGGUAUUUUUUGAUAGACUUAGAGGGCCCACCAUCGAUUGUGUCGACCAUGAUGGAUCAUUUAGGACGUGAUAUUGAUAUAAUUAGACGUGGUUUUAUAAAGCAUCCCGUAUCAAAGACAGAAGAAUGCAGUGGCAUAAUCCCAGUCAACUAUGAAGAUAAACUAAUUGCCAACAAAAAGUGAAUAUUCCAAAUAGCAUGUUUGAAACAUUUGAAAAUUUUUUUUAUUCCUGCUUUGGAAAACAAUUGUGGUAACUAAUGUCCAUCAAAAAUAAUCAGGUUUGGCCAUGUUAUGUGUGUGGUAUAGUACACUAUCUUAAGUUAUUGUAACAUUUGAGGUUUCUUUUUGUUUCAAAGAAUUUGAAUAGACUUAAUCUGUAUGCUUAUCUUGGUAUUUGACAACCUGAAAAUUGAUUUUCUUUUCUAUUAGACCAUUACAUUGAUACUGAAGAUUUAUCCAUCAUCAGAAUGCUAAAAAUAGCAUUCUUUUCUAAAGACAGAUUACUUCAGAAUAUGUAUAUUUACAUAAGAGAUUAAGAAGUCUACAGUGUAAAUAUAGCAGCAUAGGAUGUGAUUUGUUUGAUGGGUUUUUGCUUGGUUAUGGAAAAAGGUAAUAAAAGCAUGAU